AUGGUCGCCAUUGAGUAUGCAGACAGCACAGUCUUCCGCUUUGCUGAUCUUCCUCGCGAACUCCGAGAUGAAAUCUAUGACUUCGUGUUCGAAAUGGACAUGCACACCAAUGUGGACCUAUUCAAACCAAAGUCUGCGGCACCGCCAUGGGCCCUGAUCGCAGUCUCGAGAUCUCUCCGGGACGAGGCCCAAGCAAAGUCUCGCACCGCCCUGCGCGAGUUCUGGAGCACACGCGUUUUCGAGAUAUUUAUGGGCAAAGAGAUUCUAGAUUUGAGCACACAGCGCGAUCUCGCGAUGCGGUGCCACGGCCUGUCUUCCGCAGGAAUUCGCAAGCUACCUCUCAGAAUUGGAGGGUUCCUCGCCCCAAUGCCCGACGUCGUCGUCCUUGCAACGCUCAAGUCGCAGAACAACGUUCAGAGUGUCGUAUGGAGGCGAACGGAUGAUCCAGCAGGUUUGAAGGAAGAGAUAGCCAUGACCCUCGGCGCAGACUUCUUUGCCAGAUUGAUGGCCGUUGCAUGCUGCAAUGAGCUCUUACCAGGCACACUUCCAAGCCUAAAUAUUGGGUGCUGCGUCAUGAUCUUCUGCGAGAGUCUAAGGAUGCCGCCAGGGUCGAACGUGCUGAAGCAGUGGUGGAGUAGUUGA